AUGGAUUUUAUAAACAACGUCAGUGACAACAGCAAUUCGACCACAGACUUCCCCGACGUCGUGGAUGUCAUUCCAAAGUGGGGAGACAAUGAGAAUGCAACGGGGUCUAGAAGUGUGCCUGAGGUGGAACUGAGUUACCAGGUGGUCACCUCUCUGCUGCUCGGCGCGCUCAUCCUCUGUUCCAUAUUCGGCAACGCGUGCGUCGUCGCCGCCAUUGCGCUGGAGAGGUCGCUCCAGAAUGUGGCCAACUAUCUGAUCGGCUCGCUAGCCGUUACAGACCUCAUGGUAUCAGUUCUGGUACUACCCAUGGCAGCCCUCUACCAAGUUCUGAACAAAUGGACUCUGGGACAGGAGAUAUGUGAUAUAUUCAUCUCCCUGGACGUGUUGUGCUGCACGUCGUCCAUUCUGCAUCUGUGCGCAAUUGCCCUGGACAGGUACUGGGCUAUCACGGACCCCAUAGACUAUGUGAACAAAAGGACACCCAGGCGAGCCGUGAUGUUAAUCAGCGUGACUUGGCUGAUUGGGUUCUCAAUCUCCAUCCCUCCAAUGUUAGGCUGGAGGAAAGCCGAGGACAGGGCGAACCCGGACGCCUGCACCAUCAGUCAGGACCCGGGUUAUACCAUCUACUCCACGUUCGGAGCAUUUUACAUCCCACUUAUCCUCAUGCUGGUCCUCUACGGGCGGAUAUUCAAGGCAGCCAGGUUCCAGGUUUGGAAAACUGUGAAGAAAUCGGAAAAGGUAAAAGUGUCGGACAAGUGCUUAGCCGUGUCGCCGGCUAUUUUCCACAAGAAGAUUAAUGGAGAGGCGGGGGGCAAGAAUUGGAAGCGCAGUGUGGAACCUACAUUCAACUCCCCGUGCGUAAACGGCUCGGUGAAGCACGGGCUGGACGGCGAGUCGUUGGAGAUCAUAGAAGUGACCAACAAUUCUAAGAACCACCUUCCUCUCCCCAACACUCCACAGUCCUCACAAGGGUUUGAGAACAGGAACGAAAAGAACACGGAGGCUAAGAGGAAAAUAGCUCUGUCCAGGGAGAGGAAAACGGUAAAGACGCUCGGUAUCAUCAUGGGCACUUUUAUUUUAUGCUGGCUGCCCUUUUUCAUCGUGGCGCUGGUCUUGCCUUUCUGUGCGGAGAGUUGUUACAUGCCAGAAUGGCUGGGCGCCGUCAUCAACUGGCUGGGCUAUUCGAACUCUCUCCUCAACCCCAUAAUUUAUGCCUACUUUAACAAAGACUUCCAAAGUGCUUUCACUAAAAUCAUAAGAUGCAAAUUCCACAGACCGUGAGACAUUUCGUCGUAAAGUGUUAGCGUUAACUUCCAAUGAGUUAAUGAAACAGAAAAAAGAAACAUGUUAUUUUCAGGGACAGUCUCUAGCCUACGGUGUGAAUUAGAAACAGAAUAGCCUACGGCACAUAUACAGUGAGACCUGGAGAGAGACAGGAAGUAUAUUUGCAUAUGCUGUGUAAGCUGCUCCUGUCUAGCAUAUUCGAUAUUGUAAAUAUCU